CCGAAGGCCCUCCCUUGGCGCGGGGUCAGUUGCAUUCAAAUUUGAGUUGGUUCCGCCGUCGCCCUUUAACGGUGCAAACUCUUCCUUUUUGCUCCAGCUCAUUGAUUAAAACAUGCCUAGAGAGAGUGAAGCUCUGGCCUCGUCAAUAAUUCAUCUGCUGAACAUUAAAUUGGCAGCGCUCCAAGAUGUCUGGGAUGAGAUUGGCAUUCAAGAGGAAAAGCGGAUUGAGCGCAUGGCAUCUGUAAAGAUGCACAUAGAGCGACUUCUAGAUCAAAUGAUUCAUGAGGAGGAACUUAUGAAAGAGCAGUUAAAGGAAGCCAUUGAGAAUUGGCAGGAGAAGCUUCAAGCUUUAUGUUCCGAACUUCUUUUAGAUCCUUAUAAGGCUGACGAAAGUUCUACUCCACUUCAGUUGGAAAAAGAACUGAGAGAUCAAGUGGAUGCUUUGCUUAAAGAGAAAGAUGUUCGAAUGAAGGAGUGUGAAAUGCUUCUAAAGGAAGAUCAAGCUUUGUGUACUGACCUCUGCAAGACACCUUACUAUAUUCCUACCGGCAAAGUUCCUUCCCUCCAAGAACUAGAGGAGCUUAAAAAUCACAUCAUAAGUACAGCCAAAGAAAAGGAACGUCGUUUGACUAUCUUCCUGGGGCUCCGACGUGAGAUCACACAGCUCAUGGCAGAUAUUGAUCAUGUUCCUGAUACUACAUUUGAAAAGGAUGCAGUUCUAGAGCAAGAGGAUCUUUUUUUCCUUUCUGAUGAAAACAUUAAAUCAUUAGAGGUGCUACGUAAACAGUUGGUGAUGAGGAAGCAAGAACUGAUAACAACACAGGAGUCUCUGAAAGAACAGAUUCGUUCUUUAUGGAAUACAUUGCAGAUUCCUACAGAGCAGCAAAAUAUGGAUACAACAGGCUCUCUAUCUCAAGUCAAUGCAGUGUUGCAGCAGAACCUUGAAAAACUUCAACAAAAGAAGAUUGAAAAUCUCAAACAAGUCAUCACUGGGCUUCGAGAGAAGCUACACACUUACUGGGAUAAGUGUCUCUACAGCCAGAAACAAAGAGAAUUCGAUUUCCUGCUGAAUGAAAAUUUCACAGAAGAGUUGCUGCAGGUGCAUGAUGAAGAGUUAUUAAAGAUCACCCUCUACUAUGAAAAGCACAAAGAAUUGUUUGAUAAUGUUGAAAAAUGGGAACGUUGGUGGAAGAUGUUCCUAGAAUUUGAGAAGAAGGCAUCUGAUCCAAACAAAUAUGCUAAUAGAGGUGGAACUCUACUGAGAGAGGAGAAGGAGCGUACUCAACUCCAGAAGAAGCUACCAAAGUUGGAAGAGGAAUUGAAAUUAAACAUUGAAAAAUGGGAAACUGAGCAAGGCUGUCCCUUCAUGGUUAACGGUCAAAAAUUUGUAACUUAUAUUGCUAACCAGUGGGAACAGCAUAGAUUCAAGAGGGAACAGGAAAAACAAAAGUUCCAGUAUAUAAAGAAGGAUGAAGGGAUUGGCUGUAAAACUCCUUUAAAAAGGCCAUUGGGUCCAUCAAAUACACCACAGAGCAAAAUCAGAAGGUUAAAUGGAACUUCAACUAUUAUGAAUAGUGGAAGCACUUGUAACCAAGCAGGAAAACCACCGCUUUCAGCACGAAAGACUCCAAAUACAAGCAAGUUGCCGGACUUAUUGCAAAGACCAUCUCAGCAAGACAAAAAAACAAUAAAUACAUCAAUUCCCAACGUGACAAGGCAGCCUGGUACAUUUAAUGCUCUGGUUACCAGCUAUUCAGAAUUUUCGCGCAACUUUUCUAAAAAAUCUAAUCACGUCAAUGGACAGCUCAACUCCACAACACUUGAAAGUCCUUGAGAGAUCUUGGAUGCCACUAGUUCAGAUGAAUGGAUCCAGAUGCUUUGGAGAUUCAUAAUUGAUUAUUCUGGAAAUUGUGUAUUUGUUUGAAGUGCAGUCAUGGUUAAAGACCUGCUUAUUGGAUUUCCACUUUGAAUGGAAGUGACUCUGUUACAGUGUACCAACCAGUUUUGUCUUUUUGUCAUCUGUUAUAUGUGGAACUUCAUUUUUUCCUGUCUUUUUGCUUGAUCUACUUCCCAUUUUGCAUAGAACUUUUACUCAUUUCACCUGUUUUGCUUGUAAAUUAAUCAACUAUUCUUUCAAAAGGCAAUUCAAAGCUGCCAAAUCUAUGCAUUUUGUAUAAGUUUGAUAACUGUCAAGAUUCAUUGGAAAUAUUUGUGCUUGCUUUUUAAAAAAAAAUAAAGGAUUGGGUUUGUGGGAAAGGGGGUUGUCAAUUAACAGAUGUCAAUACUGGGAAUAAGAUGUAGCUAUACUGAAACUGGAGUAAUUGCCUUCAUUACUUCUGUAAAUCAAACCCAGUUCGAAAAUACCUACUAAUAUACAAGGUGAUGUUUUUAAAAAAAACUUUCUUUCCCCUGUUUGUAUCUGUGAAUUGAUUACAAGUAUUAAGAUUAUGAAAUGUUUAUACAAUAAAGUAUUUUAUUGACAUG